CCCUCAAUAAAGAUUUUCCCCUCAGUAGUCAAACCAAGCAUCAAUCACCCGUAGUCAGCACUAAAUGUCUUAAUUAACUCGCACACGAAACCAUACGUGGGAUGCGACCGUGUCCAGUGUCUCGUAGCCACGCCACCUAUAAAGCCUCCACGAACACAGCCCAUCUGUUGGCCAUCAUCACCUAGCUACCCGGCGCCGGCGGCAUACCUCCAUAUCCCUCUCGACGGCACGAGCGAAUUCAGUUGAUUUUGGUUCGAGAUGUCUAGCCUGACCACCAUGAGCAGCGCUAGUAGGGAGUCGCUGGAGGCGGAGGAGCUCGUCGACACAAGGCUGUCGCUCGUGAUCGGUGCCGGGAGCCAACCGCCGCCGGUGCAGGCCCCUCUGCUACCGCCAGAGGCAGAGGGUCGUGUGCCGGGAAAUACUGGAAGGAAGAAAGGGGAGAAGUGGAUAGUAGGCGGUAGUACAAGGCAGCAUGGCAAGAGGGCCAGGGCUGUGCACGGCGGCAGCGACAUCGACGAUGGCGACGACGGAGGGGACUCAGCCGGCCGGGCGAGGAAGAAGCUCCGGCUCACCGCGGAGCAGGCGGCGCUGCUGGAGAAGAGCUUCCGCGCCCACAACGUCCUCUCCCAUGGUGAGAAGCAGGAUCUUGCGGGGCAGCUUGGGUUGAAGCCGAGGCAGGUGGAGGUGUGGUUCCAGAACAGGAGGGCGCGGACCAAGCUCAAGCAGACGGAGCUCGACUGCGAGCUGCUGCGCCAGUGGUGCGAGCGUCUCAGCGACGACAACGCGCGGCUCCGGCGAGAGCUCGCCGAGACACGCGCGGUUCUCCUCGUCGGCGGUUCACAGGGCUCGACGCUCACGGGGUGUCCGUCCUGCAACAGGCUCGCCUAGUCGAUUUCGACUGCGAGAUUACCGCCGCCAUAGAACUAGUCAACUAGAAGUGCGCCGUCACGUAGCAUAGGCUAUAGCGUAGUGAGUUAUCAACUGUAGGCAUGACCGAAAUUUAGAGUGUGUGGUGAGGUUUAUGUAGACUCACUCACCUCAGCCUAACGAGCUGACAAGACUGAUGCAUGUACUACGCUGUACUUUGGUAGUUUCGUUAUACAUGUGUUUAUUCACUUCCUCGUUCUGGAUGAUCA